GGGCGUGCGCGCACCCGGCGUGGAGAGACACAGACACGUACCCAGCAGCACUCCUCCCGUGUCACGGCGCAGACAGCACACCUCUCUCGACCAAUAAUGUGAACAAAACAUCAGUCUGGAUCAGAUGUUGAAAAAAACUCGUCGCUUAUUUUCUGGACUCCACAAACACAUACACGCGCGCGCACUCCCCCGAAGGGGCUGCAUCUAUCCAGCAGGCUUUUCCGGUCCGGUGUGACAUGCGGCAAUGUCCCGUGCAGGAAGAUGCCCACGCGUGAACUCCCGCGGAGUUUGGGGGAUUUUGCUGGCGCUCUUAUUGGCGGCGAGCGCGAUCCAGGUGGCCGCGUACAGCUGUCAUGAGGUGAGGGCCGCCUUCCAGGUGAGGCAGGUGGGCCCCCUGCAUCGAGUCCCGGAGACACCUGGCACAGAUGUGGAUCUCUUGGUCUGCAAGCACCAAGGUCCAUCUUGCUGCACCCGCAAGAUGGAGGAAAGCUACCAGUUCGCAGUGAGGAGAGAAACCCUCCACAACAUUUACUUAUACAGUUAUGAGCUGAAGCACCUGAUCGCUCGCCACUCGGAUGCCUUCCAGGACAUGUUCCAGUACCUGCUAUCCUUCUCCCAAGGACACCUGAGUUCUCUGCUGGAAGGGACCUACACCCCACUUUCUCGUCAAGCUUUGCCCCACGGAAACAAACUCUUCUCCUCACUCUCCCUUCAUCUCCGCGGGGCCAACGUCUCAGUGGAGACCACGGUCCAGCAUUUUUUUAAUAACCUCUUCCCCCUCGUCUACACACGGCUCAUCAAUCCGGGCAUGGUAAGCGGCAUGGCGGCGGAUACGGAAAUGACGGAUUGCCUCCGUAUGAUUCGGCAAGACGUCAACCCUUUCGGGCCGCAUCCGGCCGUCAUGGCCAAGGAGCUAUCCGAGGCGAUGAGCGUGGGCCGUCAAUUGGGCCUGUUCCUCGAGGAAGGUCUGGAGGUGCUGAAUGCCACCGAACACGUGAGCUUGACCAAAGACUGUCUUAAAGGCCUGGUGAAGAUGGUGUACUGCUCCCAUUGCAGAGGACUAACGCUCAUCAAGCCCUGUGUGGGUUAUUGUCUCAAUGUGAUGCGCGGCUGCUUGGCCAGUAUAUCUGAGCUCGAUCAGCCUUGGAGGAGGUAUACCAACUUGUUGGAACAGCUAACCAACGCCAUGGUGGGCCACCACAGCCUGGAACUCGCAUUGCUGGGAGUGCGGGGCCACGUGAACGAGGCCUUGCUCCACGCGCAACUUCACGGUCCACUCAUCACAGCCACGGUAGACAAGGUGUGUGGCCUGACGACCCGAGCGCCUACCGGCACGCAGCCUACCGGACCGGAGGUCACAACCCCCAGUGGGAGCUCGACAACUCCGCUUCCUUCUGCUGCCCCUUUCAAACCUCUGCCAGAGCAGUGGCUGGGGCAGCUCGCCCAUUUGAGGAGCUCGCCCCCACUGAAACCCUCCAAGAACAAUAAACAUAGUCUGAGAACGCUCUCUAGGGACUUCCUGAUGUACCUGCAACGCUACAAGUCUUUCUAUUCGGCGCUCCCAGAGAUGCUGUGUGAAGGGGAGAACGUGGUGGAUGAUGCCACAUGCUGGAGUGGAGAUGAGGUGGUGGAGAGUUAUACGGGCAGAGUGGUAGGAAAUGGUCUGCAUGCACAAAGACAGAAUCCAGAGGUCAAAGUUCGGAGCGCGAACCCCUCGCUCGCUGACGUGAAGGAGAGGCUUGAAACCUUCAACCAGGAGACCCAGGAGAAAUUUCCAAAUCUGGGCCAGAUGGAAGCUUGGGAAGAGCUGGGCAGUGGGGAGACGGAGGGCAGCACAGCAGAUUGUGAUGACGAAGAUGGAUGUCAAGCCUCAGGAGGCGGUCAAGACACAACCUUACACACAAAAGGCUCCAGUGAAGUUGGAUCCCUCGGGCCUGAACUGAAUGUUCCGAAGCAGAAUCCAGCCAAGGCCCCGUCAGUGCGAGUGGUCGGAGGUUCUCCAUCCAACUUCUGGCCAGGACCCUGCAGCCUCGCCCUGCUCUUCGUUGCACUUUGCUCACAGUGGACUUUAUUCUGAUGUCUACAAAAAAACAAACAAACAAAAAACUGCAGACUGAAUUUAUCAUCCAACACACACAUCACUUUUCAACUCCUCCAUCCUGUUGGAUGGCGGAAGGGCGGACUAGACAACAACCUCCGGGCGGCGAUUCUCCCCUUGCGAGAUCAUCUUGUUGUGGAGCUCGUCCGUUUGUGUGUUUGUUAAAAGCGAUUCCCGUGAACACGCACACUCCAAACAAAAUCCCCCCCCCCCCCCACUGCUUCCUCUGGGCUUUGCCGUCCGUCUCUGAAAUGGUCGAGACUGGCGUCCGUUCACUCUUAACGACGCACCCUUUGGAAUUUUAGUGAGGACUGUAUAACGGAGACUUACACUUUCUGCCAAUUUGCAUACACUUUGAUUCUCUUUUUGUUUUUCUACCUUUUCAUUUUGCUAUGGCAAACCACUGCAUCAUCUUCUGCCCCCGCAAAGGAGAAUUCAUUUCAAAACAUAUUUCCUGCGUGAGGAUUACGGAAUGCAUGCUAGAUUGAGAAAUCGGUUCCAGGCGUCUGACCCAGAAGGCCGGAUUUGAUAUCCUCUAACGACUGUGUAUCUUGGCUCCGAUUAGAAAAUGUGAACGCGUGUGCAGGUGAGCGGCCUCGCACACGUGCGACUUGCUGUUUAUAGUAAGUACGUUUAUAGCGCUGGAGUGUUUGAGGUUCAGAGUCAGCGUCAAGCUCGUAGUGGCUAAUGGAGCUUUAUGAGCUGUUUAAAUGGAUUGAAUAUACCGGGAUGGGAAUUCUAUGCAAAACCGAAAGCCGUCACUUUAAGAAGGUGGAAAGAAAGCCGGCACGGCAUUUGAUUUGAUGAAUGUUUAGCGUGCAUCUUCUCUCGUGUGCUGGCUUGUGGAAACGCAUGUUGUCCAAACUGUUACAGGAUCGGUGUCCAAAACCUUUUUUGUAGUAAUGUGCCCUAAAUUUCGUAGAAUCACUUAACGACCCUGUCAAGUGAAUUCACUAUUUCGUGUAUUCCAGAAUGCUGGAUGUUCGAAAAAAAAGUCAAACAUGACGCUUUAGAGCGCCUCGUAGUUGGCCAUAAGUGUGCAUACAUAACUGAGAAAGAAAGUAGCAGGAAAAGUACUUUGUGAACGAAUCGUGUUCCGAUACCUUUUUUAAAUAUUUGGUUCCUCUAUUGCCGGAUUCAGCACAUUGGCAGCCGUUGCGCUCGCCCUUUUCCUAAUGAGUUCAUUGUGUGUCCCGUUCUAAUGCCAGAAAUGUUUUUCUUUCAGUCACGGUAACAGUAAUGCCCCCCCCCCACACCCCUCACCCUCUCACCCUCCCUAAUGCCGAACGUUCCUCGCAAAUCCAAUAGAUUACAAGUCAAAUCCGUAUUUGUCUCUGCGCAGAAGAAGCCGAACAAGCAAACUGCUCUCCUUUUCCAAUGCCUCCCAUCCCCGCUUGCCUUCUUGUGUAAAUGUUGCCACUGUGAAGCACGUGUGAUGUAAAUGAAUGUAUGGUCAGCGUGACGACGGCGAUACCGUAUUAAAGCCGGAGCUGACAUUUCAGCUUCUCUUGGGCAUAUGUUGGUCUGUGAUUCCGCUCUCCGUGACAGAGGGAAAACGGAUAGAGUGUCUUUUGUUUGAUGUCGAUGCAAAUACAUUUUGUACGAUGGGGUCAAUGACACUUAAGGCAGAAGAGCAAUGGGGCCCAUUUGCAAGUCGAAAAUGUGUUAAAUUCUGUUCCGGUCACUAGUACUGAAUUCUUUCUCCAUGUCCCACAGAUCACUCACCGCCAUGUAUUGUAGCUUGUGGAUAAAUGUACAUAUUUAAGUCACUUA